AUGAAGACCGAUUACUACCUCCACCAGUGCCUCGAGCAGGCCUCUCUGUCUCCUCUCCGUUGCCGUCACGGUUGCAUCGUCGUCAAGGGUGGAAAGAUCAUCGGUAAGGGCUUCAACGACUAUCGCUCCGGCUUUGAUGGCGGUGCCCUCAAGACGGGCCGUCUUCCCGCCAGUCCGUAUCCACUCGGAGGUCCAGGACCUUCUGGACUGAAGCCCAAGCGAAAGUCCAAGCUGAAAGCCCGCUUGACCUCGUCGUCGCCGCCUCGCUUCGACGCCGAUGCCAGUGACAGGGGCGCUGGUCACCAUGCCAACACCUCCCUCACCAUGCACUCGGAGAUGAUGGCUAUCAAUUCUGCUCUCACGCGUUCCGGCCUGGCUUCCAGCGUCAAAACAGCCAAGGGCAGCACCUUCAACAACGCCCCUGCGCGGUUUAGGGUCAAGAGUCGCAUUUUGAAGCCGGCCCAUGUCGAUGCUUCGCUGCUUCGGAAGAUGCAUGGCAAUCAUCAUCAUCAUCACAAGAAGGAGCCGGUCAACGACAAGGACAACAAGUUUAAGCACCAACAGCCGCAACAACAGCUUAAGAAGGAGGACCCGGCAUGGCAGCAACUAAAGGAUGAUCACAAUGGGACCGAGACGAAAACAAUGUGGAAUCCAGGGAAUCCAGGGAAUUCAGGGAAUUCAGGGGGUUUCGGGCCGUUGGCGAAGGCCGGUGUUCUCAUCCACACUCGGCAGACUCCUCGUCCAUCACAUGAGGCUCGAGAGCGCAUGAAGGAUUCCCGGCUAGUCGGCGCAGACGUCUACGUGGCCCGGCUCAACAACUGGCCAGACCGUCCCAAGGCAUGUGGCAACCAGCGGCGGCUGCCGACGCCGCCGAACACGGCACUGGGCGCGGCUGGUCCAAGCCCCCCACCCGGAGACGGCAGCGAGGGUCCUAUCAACUCCCCGUCGACGGGCUCGCUGCACGACGAGCUGCGCUUCAACUUGCCCACGGCCACUCCGUCGACGGCCGAGGGGGCCGCCGAGGCGGCCGGUCUCCCACGAGCAAUCGAGUCCAGGCCGUGCUACAGGUGCGUGGCUUACAUGCACUCGGUGGGCAUCAAGCGCGUCUUCUGGACCGACAGCAAUGGGGAGUGGCAGGGCGCCAAGGUCAGGGACUUGGUCGACGCCAUGGACGGCGUCGGUCCGUGUGGAGGCGACGGCGACGACAGGGACGAUGUAAUGGAUCGGGUGUUUGUCACGAAGCAUGAGGUCCUGAGGUUGAGAAAGACUAAGGGGAUUUAG